CAGCCUCCGUCGCCAGUUGAGGUCGUUUUACCGCAACCGCCUGUAGUCGCUGAUUCUGAAUCGGCAGAAGUAGACGUCACUGAAACGAUCGUUCUGCCCAAGAAGACUGACAAACUGGAUUUCACCAGAAGAUGGCUUCACGACGAUCUGUCGUCGUUGGCCUUCCAACCACCUGCGCCGAUAAUGUUCUUCCCCGAACCGUGUUCGUAUUACAACGACGCGGACGAGCACUCAUUGGGCAGCUGCUCCGCCGAGGUGGCCGCGAUUAAUUCGCCCGGAAGAAAAGAGAAACCGAAACGAAGCAAUGGUAUCGCGGUCGUUGCCUCUCUGGAGAAACCGGCACCAAUUCGUCCACAGCCAUGUCGUCCUCAGCCCGUCUAUGGCACGCAAGAAAGGGCCAAUGGGCCACGACAUUUCCCUGUGGAACUCGAGGUGCCGAACAUACCCCGUGUGGCUUCAUAUGAUCAUGUGCCUGAGCGACGUGAAAACCCGAUUAAUUCGUGGAGAUCGGGAUCACAGGAGCCCUAUCAGGCACAAGGAAGCGUGCCACCAGAGGACGUGAUGAGGCCGUCACCGUCCGCCUUCCAAACCGUGUCCAACUUUUCCGGACGUGGCGGAAAUAUGAGAGAUCCCAUGACAGUUGCUGAUAAGCCGCGAUGUCCUACAUCGUACGCUCAUGACAACACCUACGCCACUGGGAGUUUACUGUACGAGCAGCCGAUGCGGAGACAGUCUGAAAGGAGAGCGCCAGCAGUUGAGAAGAAAGCUCAGCCGUAUCAGCAACCACCGGUGGCACUAUACCAUGCGGCAGUGAGUAGCCAUCAGCCGGUUCAUCAGUCGCACUCCACUCCGAUGGCCAGUCAGCAUCGAGUGACGCACGCUGCCGCACAACAUCCACCACAACAACCACAACCGGCAGUACAAGUCCAGCGAAUGCCGCAAGCUCCACAGUACUCAACACAUCCCAUAGUGAAGAAGUCGCCACCGCAACGGCAGCAGAAAUCACUGGACGAGGUCACCAACAUGUUGAACAAAGUUGUCAACGAUUUUCAUGCGAAUCAACAGCCUCCACGUAAGAAAUCGCAACCUAGUCACGCCAUGUAUGCCACACCUCAUUCCAUGAAUCAAUCGAAUCCGUUCGAGACGAUCAAUCAGGAAAAGAUCAAUCCUAGUCGUGUAGAGGCUAUGCACAAUAUGUUUGAAAGAAAUGCAGGUGAGCGGUGGUGA